CUGAAGGACCAGCACACUAGUUAGAUGCACAAUGAGAACAAGACAUGGUUUCUCGCUCCAAGGAUUCCCUUUCUGUCUGCAUGAAAACAGAAAGGUAAAGGACUAACCUGAGAGCAGCCGGACACAUCCAAGUAGAUGAUCUUGUGACAUCCUUUCCCAGAUCCCAGUACAGGGGUUUCAACUAUUCCAGCUGCGAACUCUGGUUGGAGAGAGAUAUUUUAUUGCUGUACAGGAAGACCAGGGUCAGCUGAAUGUCAGGAUGCAAGUGGUUAUCCUUAUAAUGCUACUCUUCUUUUGCAAAGCAUCGGAGUUCAGGAAGUUCAAAAGAAACAAUAGAGGAAAUAACAACAAACAACACAGUUCCAAGAAAGUCUCAAGCACUGUUAAACGCUAUGCGCCAGGAUCACCAUGUGACAUCUAUACAUAUCUUAAUGAGAAAUACUUGGACUGCCAGGAGAGGAAACAGACAUCUGUCCUCCAGGACUGGCCAGAAGAUCUGAUACACAUACUGCUAGCGAGAAACCGGUUUCGUAUAGUAAAAAAUAAUGUAUUUUCUAGAUUUCAGAACCUAAAGAGUCUAGAUCUGCAGCAAAAUGAAAUUACAAAAAUUGAGAACAAUGCCUUCUUUGGUUUGAAAAGACUAUCAACUCUUUUACUGCAACAUAACCGGAUAAAAAUCCUGUCUGAGGAGAUAUUUAUUCAUAUGCCUCGGCUUAAUUACCUGCGUCUUUAUGACAAUCCCUGGGACUGUAACUGUGAGCUGGAAUCUCUGGUCACACUACUACAGGUUCCAAGGAACAGGAAUUUUGGAAAUUAUGCCAACUGUGAGACGCCAACAGAAUUGAAGGAUCAGAAACUCAAACAGAUUACACCUGAAGUUAUAUGCCAGGAUGAAGGUGACAAUGGGCAGCCUAAACCAUUACAUGGAAAAAAGAUCACUAAACCCUCAAUAGGCUCAACCCUUUGUCAUACAUAUCUGUACCCAAUAGCAACACUAGACUGCAGAAGAAAAGAAUUACAAGAAGUUCCAACAGACAUUUCUCCAGACAUUACAAAACUUGAUCUUUCCAGCAAUAAAAUCAGGCGACUGCAAUCAAAAGUGUUUAUAGAAAUUCCAAAUCUGGAGAUAUUAAACUUGAGCAACAAUGAGAUGGAAUUCAUAGAUCCAGCUGCAUUUUCAGGCCUCUUGAAUCUCCAGGAACUGGAUUUAUCUUAUAAUAACCUGACUAAUUUAAAAUAUCGUGUGCUGGAAGAUUUGUACUUUUUGAAGAAAUUAUGGCUCAGAGACAACCCGUGGAGAUGUGACUACCACAUCCAUUAUCUGUUCUAUUGGCUAAAGCAUCAUUAUAAUGUCAAUUACAAUGGUUUGGAAUGUAAGGCACCAGAGGAGUACAAAGGAUGGCUUGUUGGGAAGUAUCUUCGCAGUUAUUAUGAGGAAUGCCCAAAUGAGAGGCUCCAAGUACAUGUUGGGAUGGACGAAGACGAUAUAACACAAGCAAAGCAAAUUAAAUCAGGAAAAAAACAGGGUGUCAUGCUAACAGUGUUAACGUAAAUGACUGGCUACUUUUUUUGUAUAUAUAUUUUUUUUACAAUUUUUUUUUUAGACUUUAAGUGCCUGUUAAAAUUCUGGAAGUAUUGUAAUAUAAAGCUCAUAAUGGCUUAGGUUGUAGAUGAUUCUAUGUAAGAAAUGAUAAAUAUAUAACUCUCCAUAGUGUGUACUGGUCUUAUAGCAGAGCUGGAUUAACACUUCGGGGGGUCUGGGGUACUUAAGGCAGGGGGGCCCUCAGGUCUAAAAUGAAAACCAUAAUACAAACAUAUAUAUAUAUACAGUGUAUGAUACACGCUGUGUCAUUUGAACUAGGACGUACUGGGCAGUUUGGAUUAUAUAUAUAUACAGGUUGAGUAUCCCAUAUCCAAAUAUUCCGAAAUACGGAAUAUUCCGAAAUACGGACUUUUUUGAGUGAGACUGAGAUAGUGAAACCUUUGUU